AUGGCACCAAAGAAAAACUACACGCCUCAUCAAAUGUGCCUUGCAAUGGAAGCUGUUAGAAAAGGGGACAGUUAUUCAGCUGCAGCUGAGAAAUAUGGUGUACCGAGAAUGACCUUAAGGAAUAAAGUAACGGGAAAGAGUCCUGCUGUCUGUCAUAUGGGUCCUCCUACAAUACUUUCUAUGAAUGAGGAAGCCAUAUUAAAAGAAUGGUUGUUUGCAAUGGCAGAACGACAUUGCCCGAUAGGAAAGGAACAGCUAUUAGAUUCUGUUCAACUAAUUAUAAAAUCUGCUAAUAGAAAAAAUCCAUUUACGAAUGACAGACCAGGGAGGAAAUGGUUCGAUUUAUUUUUAAAAAGACAUCCAGAAAUAUCUGAGAGAGUUUCACAAAACUUAACCACAUCAAGAGAAUCUGUAAAACAAGAACAUAUGGUCAAAUGGUUUGCAGACGUUGAGAAGUAUUUAGAAGAAAAUAAUCUUCCAGAAGUUUUGAAGGAUCCAACGCGGAUAUUUAAUACCGACGAAAGCGCGUUUUUCUUAAAUCCCAAACUUGACCGUGUUUUAGUUAAAAGAGGAGAAAAAAAUAUAUAUUCUACGUCAGGGAAUGAAAAAGAAAACCUUACAGUUCUUUUGACAGCCAAUGCAGCUGGACAGUUAGCACCACCAAUGAUAGUGUUCUCUUACGAACGCAUUCCCAGAGCUAUUGCCGAAAGUAUUCCUGAAAAUUGGGGCAUUGGCCGUUCAGAAAACGGCUGGAUGUGCGGGAGUACAUUCUACGAAUAUGUAACCAAUAUAUUAUAUCCCUGGUUGGUACAAAACAAUACGAAGUUCCCCAUAAUCUUUUUUCUGGAUGGUCAUGCUUCCCAUUUGACUAAACAUUUGUCAGAUUUCUGCAGAGAGAAACAAAUUGAAGUUAUCGCUCUAUACCCAAACAGUACUCACUUGCUGCAACCUAUGGAUGUGUCCGUAUUUAGGCCACUGAACCUGUUUUGGCGACAGGAAACAAGAAAAUAG